AUGGUUGACGUCGCUGUGCCGCCGGAGAUACCGCUGAAAAUACUCAAUGUCUUCACCGAUCAAGACGGUGACAUUCGAGUCAAAGAAGACAACCUCCGAGAAGUGCUUAGUCGCUUUCGCAACUACAGCCGCGACAUCACCGUCCAGGUCCUGAGCACUCUUCGCAAUGAGCUGGCAGACCAGGUCGGCGCUGUCAGGGACAACGCAGAGCUGGCUCGGGCGCAGCUCGCCGAGGACCUGCACAACGACCUCGCCACGAAAAAGGUGCUGGCAGAGGUCGAGGAACUCGCGCAGGGCGCACAUGCCAAAGCAGAUGUGCUUGGUGUGCAGCUGAAAUCCAUGGAUGGCAGGCUCCGUCAAAUCGCUGCAACCGUGGCCAAUCAGGCUCAGACGUCAGGGUCCGAUGACCUGGCCAUGACAGCCCCCGCCGUCAUGAGCUCUUCAACGCUGAGCGUGGAGAGGGAGCCGAGCGAAACCUUUGCCGGACUUUCGGCGCCGGCCCGCGGGGCGACCUUCUCGCCGAAGUCCGAAGCUGGAACUGUCAAUCGAACCUUCUCGGCUCGUUCCGGUACACAAGCACCAGAACCAGUGCGAGAUGCAGCUAGCAAAGCCGACGUCGAGGCUCUGCUGUCUUCCCAGGAGGCUCUGUGGAAGGAGGCCGUGGCUGCGGUGAAAGAGGAGGUCGCAGACCUCGCAGCCAAGCAGAAGGAUCUGGAAACGUCCCUGCAAACUUCCGCCACCAGCUCGGACCUGGAGGCCCUCCGUGAUAUCCAGAAGGUGGCAGACGAGCAGUUGUCGCAAGUCCGACUGGAGAUCAGCGAGGAGCUUGCAGAGAUCCAGCGGUUGGCCCUGCAGACCUACGAGGAUGGUGCCUCCUCCAUGACGAGCCGCCUGGACUCGGACAAGCACGAGAUCGAGGGCAGCUGCAUCCUGAGCUGCAUUUGGGUUCUUCAACUCACCGGAGAAAGCAUAGAGGAGUUGGAUGAGUGGGCGAGGACGGCCCGGGUGAAGGGCACUCCGGUGAUGGACGAAGGCUUCAUAUGCAUGGGCAGCAAAGCUCCGGUCUGCCCGCCGCAAGCCAAGCAAGUUCCAGCAGGCCCCAUCACUCUGGCGACUUUGCAGGGAUCGUGGCUGGGCUCGGGUGGUGCCAAGAUUUUCGUCAUCGGCACUGAUGUCAGCAUCAAUGGCUUGCCCCUCAAGGCUCACAAAGUGGAGCUGAAUGACGACGGCGUUGUGGUCAGCAUCGGCAAGCUGUGGCAGCUACAGGGCUGGGCUCCAAACGGCGGCCUCGAGUUCCGGGCAUCUUCUACUCAGGAAAACAUGGAGUCUGCGCGCUCCGAGCUUUGGACACGCACGGCGGCAACAUCGGCCGAGGUGUCAGAAAAGAUGAAGCUCCUCGGCUAUGCCGGGAGUGCGGCAGAUCCUCUAAAACGUGGAGUCGAAGGCUGCAUGCCGGGGACCUCUGGGGCUGAGAUGCCAAGAGGCUACAACUCGAAGAAGGAUGCCGAGGAGGUGUCUCUGCUGUGUGCGCUGGUCAGCCAAUGGCGCGAGCCGACAACCUGCAAAGUGCUGCCACGUCUGGUGAUCCCAGACUUCACGAACCGGGCUCAAACCGGCCUUGGUGUCGAGUUGCUACACUACGUGGCAACAUCCAUAAGGCAGAGAGGGUUCCAAAAGCGAUCCGGUCGUCAGGGCCAUGACAUUCCCGUGCUGGUGCGGGAACCGGCUGGCUCCGACUCCAAGGCAGAAGCUCUUCGAGUCUGGCGGGCACGCGUGGCAGACGAGGAGGGGUUUCCUCCUGUUCGAGUACGAGAUGACGAGGAGAUGUUCACAUCAUUGGGCAAUGGCCAUUUUUUCCAGGCACUCAAUCUUUUCCAGACGGAGUGGAAAGCCAUCAAUGACGAUGCGCAUUACUCCGUCGGGUCUGACAGCUUGCUGGAGGAGGCUCUCAAAGAAGGCGUUGCGAGCGUCAUCCUGCGGCACUCCACUCCUCGCCCUGUCCGAGCCAAGAUUGCGGAGCUUCUCAAUGCCAAGCGCGAGUUCCAAUGGACGCUGAACGAAGAUGGCACGGUGGAUACUGGGAGCUCACUGGAGAACACGGACUAUUGCUCCCAGUUCGAGUGGUUGAGCAAGGGAAUGGAUGCGGAGCAGGUCAACUGCCUGGUCAGGACCCACCUUGGAAUCAAGGACAGCAAGCGAAUCCAGGGCUGA